ACACAGGAAUGGCAGACCAGCAAAAACACUUCGUUUUAGUUCAUGAAGCUUGUCAUGGUGCAUGGACUUGGUACAAGGUAGUGAAGUUGCUAAGCUCGGCUGGUCAUAGAGUUACUGCACUGGAUCUUGGUGUUAGUAGAUGCAAUGAACCUGAGGAUAUGGACAAGACAGUCUCAAUUUCUGACUACUUGAAGCCAUUAAUGGAGUUCAUGGGAUCUCUUCCUGAAGAGGAACGAGUGAUCCUAGUGGGUCAUGGCUAUGGAGGCGUUGCUGUCUCUCUUGCGAUGGAGAAAUUCCCAGAAAAGAUAUCUGUUGCUGUUUUUGCUGCGGCUGUGAUGCCUAGUUGGAAGUUGCCUAUCAUUGAUGUCUUUGAAGAGUCUCUAUUGGAUUGUGAAUUUUCCUUCCAUCAUGGUCGAGAAAACUUUCCAACUUCAGUUAUCCUUGGUCUGGAUUUCCUCUCAUCCAAGAUGUACAACUGCUGCCCAUCUGAGGAUACUACAUUGGCAAGUUUGUUGGUUGAGCCCACUAGCUUCUUCUUGAAAGAUUUGGGCAAUGAAACAUUGCUUACCAGGGAGAAAUUCGGGUCUGUGAAUCGGGUUUACAUCGUAUGUAGUAAAGAUGAGGUGCUGAAGGAGGAAUUCCAAUUGUGGAUGAUAUAUAAUAGUCCAACCACUCCAACCAAAGCAGUUGUAAGAGUGAUUCUAGAUAGUGGUCAUAUGGUCAUGCUCUCCAAGCCUGACGAGCUUAGCAUAUGCUUGAAGGAGAUUGCUGAGAAAUAUACAAUUUAAUUGGCAAUAUACA